UAUCGACUUGACAUGCCCCACGACCGCCUUCAGUUGCGAGAGGAAUCUCUUCGAUAGCACAGAUGAAGUCCCUCCGGAUACAGUCCGCCCUGGGGCUCCUGUUUCGGCCCUGCGCUGUCCCAUCCAUCGCUACCGCGGGGCUCAGGGCGCAAGUACGAUGGGCGUCUAAGAGCACGCAACCGCAACUCCCCUCGGUCCCGGCGCCGAUCCCCCUCGUCCCCGAUGUCGAGACCUUCCUCACCGUCAUCGGCCGCGGCCUCAAGCAACACGCAUCCAAGUUUCCCACCUGGGACGCCCUCUUUACCCUGACAUCCGAUCAGCUCAGAGAACUCGGCAUCGAGCCGCCACGGACGAGGCGAUACUUGUUGAGGUGGAGGCAGCGGUUCAGGGAAGGCAAAUUUGGAAUUGGCGGUGACCUCAAGUUCGUCGAGGACGGUAAGGCGGAGUUAAAGGUCCUGGAAGAGGAUAAGUCGCCGCUACUUCGGUUGAGGCGCGUGGUCAACGUCCCCUCCGGAAAGAAGGUCUCGGAACUAUCGCCCUCGGAUAUGGUUCGGGUUAAGGGUUUCACGGUCAAGGGGGUCCGCACCAUUGUCGGCCCCUACGCCCUGCCUAUGAAAUUCGGUGGCGCACGGCUUACGGUGACGGAGGGCAUGUGGGAGGACAGGAGAGGGCACAAGGUGGAUGGUGGUGAACGGAGACGGGACGAAAUUCGCUUCAAGAGGCGCGUCGCCGAGCGCAAGGCGCUUAGGGAAGCCCAGGGCUACUAUUAGCGGCCUAACACUCUUACGAGCGGGUUACCACGCGUAUCAUGGGUGUUGUGCUAGAUAAAUAGUUCUGUGCCGUGAGAGCGGGCGUACUCCUUGUGGAAUUUGUACAUUAAAUGUAUGUAUUUGCCUCAACAUCUAUCUAUCUGAGACUUGGGGACAUGAAAUGUGAAUCCCAAACCGAGC